AUGAACUCGACUUCAAGGGAGUUUUUGCGAACCAAGGUGUUGGCACCCAAGCCUUCUAAGUUUUCAGUUUCUUGGCUGCCCCGUAAUGCCAGAAGGCAAUCUACUGCCUUGCCGCGCUAUGAGCAGCUUACGACCGAUCCGGGUCUGGAAGCUGAACGAUUGAGAAACCUCUUUGCUAUCUCGGGUUACAGCUCGACCCUGACAGAGACGGGAUUGUUCGACAGCACACCAAUCCAAUCUCCUUACUCGCCAAAGUACCGAAGGACCAAUACAAGUGCUGGUGCACCAGCCAUGUACGAGAGCAAGAUGAUCAAACGAUUACCGGAAAUCAGUCAUGCUAGUCAGUCUCAGAUACAGAGAGCUUUCAUCCGUGAUGUACUGACGGCAAUGAGGACCCUGCAGCUCCCUCUCUCUCCGACUGCAUACACGGGUCGUCUGCCUGUGAGGCCUCCGACGCCGAUGCAGCACAUGGCGAACAUGAACGUGUCUAUCGGACCUCACCAGGACAUAAUGCCUGUUGCAAAUCGCCGAUUCAGCAACAUCCACGAGCGAGGAUCUAACGACGUCAUGCGGUGCAUGCAAACUCUUCGAGUACACUAG